AUGGGAAAGGGAAUGCAGAGCUGUCAAUCACGGAGGAACGUUUGGAAACGCCGCAGCCGCAUAAAAGCUUUCCAUGACUUCGCCCCUCUGCUCAGUGAAGGCGCUCAGAAAGAGCGCCUUGCAAGCAGCCAGGCUGCAUCGAGCAAAUUGGCACGAGCACGGUCAUCUGAUGGAGCUGGUACCACUAAAAGCCCCACUUGUCCCCACGUCAGGAAGAUGCCUCUGUCUGCAGAGGGAGUGCAGGUUCCCUACACCAUGCCGACCGCUGACAUCUCCCUGCUAAGGCCAUUACAUGAGGCGUUGUCUGUGACCCACUACCAAAAGCCUAGAAGCUGUUUAGCGUUCCCUGAAGUCUCUGAGAACUCGUGUGAAAUAGCAGGGCCUGAGACAGGACACUUGAGAAUGAAAGAGCCACAAACUGACAGCUUCGAGUUUCCUCAGAAGACUGGGGUUGAUGGCAGCCUGUUUGGGCCCAGGGAAACCUACACAAAGUCUGGAGCCUUCAAUGUCCUGCAGAUGAAGAAGGAGAAUGUCCUCAAAUUCCUUGCUGCAGAAACCCACUUAGGUGGCACCAACCUUGACUUUCAUAUGGAACAAUACAUCUACAAUCUGAAGAGGACCAGGGAAACUAGGACUACUGUUGCCAUUGAGAACCCUGCUGAUGUCUGCCUCAUUUCCUCCAGGAACUCUGGCCAGCGAGCUGUGCUGAAGUUUGCUGCUGCCACUGGAGCCACUCCAAAUGCUGGCUGCUUCACACCUGGGACCUAAGCAGCUUUCAGGAAGCCAUGGCUUCUAGUGGUGACUGAUCCCAGGGCUGACCACCAGCCCCUCACAGAGGCCUCUUACAACCUGCCCGUCAUUGCUCUGUGCAAUGUGGACAUUUCUCCUCUGCGCUAUGUGGAUAUUGCCAUCCCAUACAAUAAGGGAGCUCACUCAAUAGGUCUGAUGUGGUGGAUGCUGGCCCAAGAAGUACUGCGCAUGCGUGUCACUAUCUUCCGUGAGCACUCACGGGAGGUUAUGCCUGAUCUUUACUUCUACAGAGACCCAGGGGAGACUGAGAAAGAGGAGCAGGCUCCUGCUGAGACGGCCGUGGUCAAGGAGGAAUUUCAGCGCCUUCCUGAGUUCACUGCUGUUCAUCCAGAGGUGGUAAACUGGUCUGAGAGUGUGCAGGUGCCCUCUGACCCCAUCCAGAAGUUCUCUCCUGGAGACUGGAGUGCCCAGUCAGCCACUGAGGACUGCGCAACAGUUCCCACAACGCAGGCCACUGAGUGGGUUGGAGCCGCCUUGAGGAUCCUGAGCUCCUCUGCAGACACCUGA